AUGGAGCCCGUCUCAGCGGUCUUCGGUAUUAUGGCCGCCCUGCCGCAAUGCAUCCAUUCAGCCAAGGAGCUCUACGACCUGCGUGAACGAUACAAGGAUGCUUCGAUCCUUAUCACCGCCAUCUACUCCGAGUCCAUGGUCAUUGCCGCCUCGCUGUCCCAAGUGCAGAACCUCCUACAGCACGAUGCGCUACUACGAAAGCCGCAAUUGCUCGAGACUUUCGAUCGCGCACUCACAGGAUGUCGAGUUGUGUACGGCUGCUUGGAAGAGGAGGUGCGCGAUCUGGCGGAGAAGGCUGAGCGCAGUGAUCUGAAGUUCAAGGACCGAGCCAAGUUUCUCUGGAAGGAGGAUACGUUCAAAGAGCUCUUGACACAAAUACGAGGGCAGCAAUCCGCACUCAGUUUACUCAUCCAGGGACUGCAGAUGGAGUCUAUGGCAGACAUCAGGAAGCUGAUCGAGAAGAACAGCAGUAAGCUGGACCAGGUCGUCAAGCGAUCCAAGACAUUGCGGCAGUCGCAUCCUCGCAUCAGAGUACCGGACUCAAUAUUCAGCUAUGAUAGCAGCAUCGCCGACACAGCAGACGCCGAAUCGAUAAUGAAGUCUACGCGUUUCGAGUUUGACGACCAAGUUGUCAACUCGAAAGCUUAUCGACGAGCUAUGGCACGCUACACCAUGGACGCUUCAAUGGCUGCGGAUGUCGCUGCCGAGAUGAAGGAAGCUGGAGCAGUCGAGAUUGAGGUUGCAGAGGAAGACUCAACCGAAAUGGGCACCAUACAAGGGCCCGAGCUGAAACGCAAUCCCGUCAUUGCAGCCAGGUCUCAGCAGCUCAUUGCUCAAUUUACCUCUGAGACUGAGGCAGAAGUAGCAAUGACCUUGCCUAAAUCUGCACCCGAAGAGUUAACCCCAAAAGACGAGGAGACGGACAGUCUAGACGCUCUGGAGCGAGACAUGCUGCCGUACAUGCCCCGCAUCACAUCGACAGCACCGUACUUGACACCAGUCAGGGCUGACACAUUCGACACAAUAGAAACCAAAGUCAACACUAAUCAGACACGUGCUCCAGCGCGAUCUUACAGUGAAAGUUCACCGAUUGUACCUUGUGCUAAUCCACCAUUACCACCACGUCGCACAAGUGGACCUCAACUGCGGUCGCAAGACUCCGUUGCCACAUUGAAGAAAGGGCGGUCAAUGUCUUCAGACGAAAGUUUGAACGCGUCUGAUGCUGGGUCAAUCAUGUCAAGAGUUUCCGAAGCUUCUUCAUACACAGCCUACGAGCCAGGGCAACAGAGCCAAACAAUCUCAAGAAAACCCAUGCGAAAGCCUCUGCCACUCGCACACAAAGCAUCGCACGCUGUGCUGGGGGACCUGCACAUAGGGCCGACUAAUCCAGAAUCCCAGGUCACACCUAACUCUUUCGAAAGCGGCGAAAUGCAUGCAGUUUGGCUGCUUCUCGUAGAGGCUGAGCGCAACUUCUAUGACCGAAUGAUGAUGAGGCUUAGGAAGAUGUUUUACGAUAACAUCAUACAGCAGUGGCCACUACUUGAGCAGCACCUGAAUGUUGUCCUGAUUGGCGAGCGCCUUGCUGCUACUAACAAGAAGUUUCUUUGGUUGUCCAUGGAGCAGCAGCUACUCGAAGCCGAUCAGGCGCUUUGCGACCCCGCCAUUUUCGAAGUGUGGACAAACACUGUGCAGCAUACAUUUCGCGAGUACUGUAAAGCCCUACCACACGCCAUAGGAGCGCUGCGAGCGACGCAAAGCACCGAUGGGAAGUUCACGCCGUUUGUCAACACCCUCGGCCUGAGCAUUGCAUACUUUGGUAAAAGCUGGGAGGACUACCUGAGACUGCCCAUUGCUGAACUUGAUCUCUGCAUCGAAAGCACACGAAGUCUUAUCAGCAUUGCGGCCGAACUCGAACAUCCUGAUGCGGAUGCAGAGGCUCAGCGACUGACGCGCGCUCUUGAUGCUUUAGACUGGCUGAAGUCGGCAUCUUCAAGCGUACUUGAAGAGUCGCAGAGCCGUGAAGAUAUUCAGAACCUUGAACGCCGUAUCCACACACUCGACACUGAUGUUCUAUCUCAGCUCAGAUUGCUCGACACCAGUCGCCGUGUGAGAUAUCAAGGCGGCAUGACGAUGAAGUUGAAAAGCAAAGGACCUUGGCAUGCUGUACAUGUCGUGCUACUUGACAAUUUCCUAUUUUGGGGCAAAGUCAAACCACAGAAGAAAACCACCGGUGACAAGGUCGUAGUCUUGGACGCACCGAUCCCUAUAAACGAGCUCGACGUCAGCCUUCCAUGCGACCAACAUCAAUUCCAGAAGGCUACGAUGUUCGACGAAGUACCCAGGAAUUCAAUACAAUAUAUAACCAUCGUCUCGAGAAAGGGCGUAGACGGCAAGGCUCACAUGCUGGGGUCACCGACGUAUCAGGAGAGGAGAGUCUGGAUGGACCAGUUCGAAGCAGCUCUCGGUCGAAAGACAGCUUCAGCAAGCUGA